AUCUUUUUUUAUUUAUAUUCCAUUGCAACUUUAAACAGGUCUAAAUAGCAACUAGCAAAUAUGCACAUAAAAAUUAAACUUGUUGAACUCACCUCAACAUGUAUUUUACAAUCAUUUAACCCGCCAUGGGAAAAGCUGAAGUCACUGUUACAAACUCUACACCAUGCAAGAUUUUAACUCUUUUAAGACAGGGAUACACUUUCGUGUAGUCUGGUGUAAAAUGUGUCUUAUAUUUUCGCUUUUGGGGCACUCUCCCUCUGCCAUGGCGCUCCUGUUUCUAGAUACACGGAUUAGUUUGGUUCGGUAGAAGAGAUAAAAGCCCGCCCACACUGACAAUUGAUUGGUUGAUGUCCUGAAACGGGCCAAUCAGGAUGCUCUCUGUCUUACAUGCGCUAAAUGAGGCAAACACACACACAGACGCAAGGUCUCCCUCUCUGCCGUGCGCGCGUUAAAUUUCAUAUUCACAUAGCUUUUCAAAAACCGGGACAUUCAGUGUCCCGGGAGAGUUGAUAAAUUUCCCGGGACAGGUUAUUAAAAAGAAGGACAAUCCCGGUAAAACCGGGACAGGUGGCAACCCUAGACCCCGCCCACCUGCCAUACCUAAUGACCGAAAGUAAAGAGAGAUCAUUUUGAGGAGGGGAGGAGAUUUGUGUUUUUGAUUAAAGAUUAUGAAGCAUAUGAAAUUUAAAAAAAUAAUGAAGCUCACAGAAAAGUUGUAAAAAUACAACAAUAUUCCAAAACAAAUUACAGCUUUUCAUUUUAUUUUCAUGGCGACUUUAAAAUCUCUUCACCAAAGCCUGUGUGAAAGAGGUUUGUUUGUUUUCCCCAUAACACAUGUCUAAUAAGAUGAUGUUACAGGAGUUUGACGUCCAUGUGAAGAAGGCUCUUGAAGACAUUGUCCAGGUGAAACUUAAAGAGGGCAAUUCUAAGUGGUAUUGUAGCCAUAUCGAAGUGAGAGAUCCCUUGGGAAAGUGCGUUAUUUUCCCCUGUUAUCGCUGGAUAGACGAAAAUGAAGUGAUUAUCAGAGAGGGCAGUGCUCGACUGCCUCAGGAUGACACGGAAUUGUUUAAAAAGCAAAGACAAGAAGAAUUGAAAUCUAGAAGGAAAAUAUUCAGAUGGAAGAAGUUGCGCCCGGGCUUCCCUCAGUCCAUAGAUGCCAAACUGAAAGAUCUUCCUUUAGACGUUCAGUUUGAUAAAGCAAAAGAGAGAGAGUUUAAUUGGAAUUUCCUUGAAGUGGUUCUGGAAGCACACUUGGACGAAUUUAUAGGUUGCUUUCAAUCCUGGAAAGAUAUAGCAGAUUAUGAAAAGAUAUUUAGAGCAAUCUACAAAAAGAACACUGCACUAGAGAACGUGAUACAUGACUGGAAUACAGAUUACAUGUUCGGCUAUCAGUUCUUAAAUGGUUGCAAUCCUGUGAUGAUCAGGAAAUGCAUGAAACUUCCAGACAAAUUUCCAGUGACACAUGAAAUGGUGAAGGGCUCUCUGCAGAGAGGUCUCACGCUACAAGAGGAAAUAAAGGAAGGAAACAUCUACAUAGCGGAUUAUGAAAUCUUGGAUGGAUUGCCAGCCAAUAAAACAAAAAAAUCUCAGUUCUAUUUGACUGCACCCAUCUGCCUACUGUACAACAACAAACUGAACCAAAUUGUGCCAAUUGCAAUUCAGCUCAGUCAAAAACCAGGGAAAAAGAGCCCGGUUUUUCUCCCAGAUGAUAAUGAAUUUGAUUGGAUGCUUGCCAAGAUGUGGGUGAAAUCUUCUGACUUCGGUGUACACCAGCUGGUCACACACCUUCUCAAGACACAUCUGAUAUCAGAGGUUUUUGAAGUAGCCAUGUACAGACAGCUCUCUACAGCCCACCCUGUAUACAAGUUACUGAUACCCCAUGUCCGUUUCACAAUUGCAAUUAAUGCAGAGGCCCGUGAAAAUCUUAUCAGUGAUGAUGGGGUCUUCAGCAAGAUUAGUAGCAUAAGUGGAAAUGGGAUUGAUCAAUUGCUGGGAAAGGCCAUGAAGACUUUAACCCUCAAGUCUCUAUGUUUCCCUGACACUAUAAAAGCUCGAGGAAUGGAAAAUACAUCCAAUUACUAUUAUAGAGACGAUGGCAUGAUGAUCUGGAAGGCAAUAAACAGUUUUGUUUCUGAUGUGGUCAAGAUCUACUAUGACAGCGAUAAGAAGGUUCAAAAAGAUGUGGAGAUUCAAGAAUUUGUUAAGGACGUUUCUGUCUGUGGCAUGCUUGAUUCUAAGGGUGAUAAGUUUCCACAGUCUCUGAAUACUCGAGCGGAGCUAAUCGAGUACCUGACUGCUGUGAUAUUUACAGCUUCAGCACAACAUGCUGCAGUCAACUUUGGACAGUUUGACUGGCAUGCUUGGAUCCCCAACAGUCCUUCCACUAUGCGCAAGCCCCCUCCCCAAAAGAAGGGCAAAGUGGAUAUGAAAUAUAUCAUGAAAACUUUGCCUGACCGUGGUUGUUCCAGUGAGGUUCUAGGAACAGUUUGGGCCCUUAGUCAGUUCCAGAAAAAUGAGCGGUACUUAGGCAUGUAUCCAGAUAUGUACUUCACGGAGGAAGCAGCGAAGGAAGCCAUUAAGAAAUUCCAAAAGAAACUAGACGAGGUGACCGACAGCAUCAAGAGCCGCAAUGAAAAAUUAACAAUGGGUUAUUUUUAUCUGUCACCAGACAAAAUCCCCAACAGUGUUGCAAUUUAAGAAAAUACUUCUAGAAACAUGUCAGGCCCAACCACAGCGUUUACGGCCAAUGGAUGCUCUACUUAAAAUAUAAGGUGUAGUAAAACCUAUGUAGAGACUAACAAAGAAAUUAUCUUUGAUUUUUUGUUUCUGGAAAUUAAGGUGACCAUUGGUCUGGCUCAUGCCGUCAGAAACAUUUAUAAAUUAAUGUUGCAAUCAAAUAAUUAUUGUCUUUGCAUUCUUUGUAUCAUACUGUAUAUCCAUACUACAGUAUUCAUUAACAUUUCUUUUGACUCAUAUAUUCAUUUACAUAGUCUUCAUUACUUAUAUUGUUUGUAAUCUGUUUUACAUGAUUAGUUUACUUUGAUUAAAAUGUUUACCUCACAGUUGUAUUGAUACUUUACAUCUGCAUUGUUUUCAUUAUCUUGUGUAUUGCUGUUGCUGUGGAGGAAGGAAUAAUGUUCCUGCUUAUGGGUGUGAAUUACAGUAUUUCUUAUUCUGACUGCACUUCAGAUGGUUGUUCAAUUUCUUUAUCCCCCUAAGCUCUUCUAAUAAAGUUCUUUAAAAAGUUUUAAUAACGA